UGUUCUCCGCUUAAAAAAGCGGUCCGUACAUUUUUAUAAUCCUCGUUUAUAACAGUUUUGCGUAAGUUGAAACCGGCAUCUCGCUCCUUCACGAUAAAGCUCUGCAACACCUCAUCUGAAACCGGCAUCUCGCUCCUCUCUACCGCUUCUCUCUACAAGAUCGCUCUGUAACGCUGCACUUCUCUCAUCUGCAUCCACACUGUUGCUCAAAUUUUUUCAAGCUCCAUCUGUUCAGCUGACAUGUCAAGCAUACGAAGAUCCAUAAGCUUCAUCCCUGUUUUCCAUCGGCGAUAGACCCAUAAACGUCAUCAUUGCUUCCACCGGUAAUAAACCCAGAAGCCUUCUCAUUGUUUACCAUAGGUGAUAGACACUGUUUUCCACCGGUAAUAGACCUAGAAGCGUCAUGUUUGCUUCCACCGGUCAGUAAUUUGAGGGUAUGAGAGAGUAAAACUGAUAUUGUGUGUGUAUAUAUAUAUAUUAAAGUCAGUAAUUUGAGCUUAGGUAACGGUAUAUUAGUAAUUUAGUCAAGUUUGUUAAUUCAUUUAAAGGGGUUCCUAUAAUUAUGAUAAAUUAUGAAAAAGGUCAAUGUAAAUUAUCCUUUAUUUAUUUAUUUUUUUUACAAGGAGUAGUUUCUUUCAAUAACUGACAUGACCUUAUAUGAUUAGACUUUAUUAUUAACAUUAAUUUCAUUUACCUAAAAAACAUAGGUCAACGAUUUUACCUUCCUUAGUAACAUACGUGAACGAAUAAUAUUAUGAUAAUGUGCAUAAAUUAAUAUAUGAAAAGAAAAAAAAAAAAAAAAAAACCACCAUCAUGAAGCUACCACCAAAUCUUAUUUUCACAAGGAAAAAUACUAAUGCAUUUCCUAUUUAGGUUGGCCAGCCAAAUUUGAAUUUUUCCAUAUGCUAUUUAAAAUUUUUGGUCGAACUGAAACAAUAAAAGUCAAACUUAGUUUCUUACCUCAUUGAUGAGGUCAUAAUCCCCACCCUCUCUCUAUAUGUAGUACCACACUCCUACAACAAUCCACAUUCAAUACACAAAUUAGGCGUUCCCUCUCUCACCAAACGACCUUCUCUCUCUACAUUUCAUUGCUUUUGUUAAGUUACCACUACUUCCUACUACUUUGUUCUCAUGGCAAAAUCACCAGAGACAGAGCACCCAGUGAAGGCCUUUGGAUGGGCAGCUAGAGAUUCCUCUGGAGUCCUCUCUCCAUUCAAAUUCUCCAGAAGGGCAACUGGAGAGAAGGAUGUGAAAUUCAAGGUGUUGUAUUGUGGAAUCUGUCACUCUGAUCUUCACUUUCUCAGGAACGAAUGGGGCAUGUCUUUGUAUCCUCUCCUCCCCGGGCACGAGAUUGUAGGGAUAGUUACUGAGGUGGGAAGCAAGGUACAAAAAUUCAAAGUUGGAGACAAAGUUGGUGUCGGUUGUGUGAUUGGAACAUGCCACUCAUGUGACAACUGUGCUAAUGAUCUCGAGAGUUACUGUCCCAAAAUGAUACUUACUUACAGUACCAUCUACUAUGAUGGAACAGUCACAUAUGGGGGUUACUCUGAUACCAUGGUUACCGAUGAACAUUUCGUGCUUCGUUGGCCUGACAGCCUGCCUCUUGAUGCUGGUGCUCCUCUCCUGUGUGCAGGGAUCACAACUUACAGCCCCCUGAGAUAUUUUGGACUUGACAAGCCCGGUAAACAUGUGGGUGUGGUAGGUCUAGGAGGUCUCGGCCAUGUAGCUGUGAAGUUUGCGAAGGCUUUUGGGGCUAAGGUGACGGUCAUCAGUACAUCCCCUAACAAGAAAAAAGAAGCCAUUGAACAGCUAGGUGCUGAUGCAUUUUUGGUCAGCCGUGACUCGGAUCAGAUGCAGGCUGCAAUGGGCACAAUGGAUGGUAUCAUUGAUACUGUAUCUGCAAAUCACUCUAUUUUACCGUUGAUUGGAUUGUUGAAGUCACAUGGAACAUUGGUUUUGGUCGGUGCACCAGAAAAACCACUAGAACUACCAGUGAUGCCGUUGCUUAUGGGGAGAAAGAUUGUGGCUGGUAGUAGCACUGGGGGGAUUAAAGAAAUGCAAGAGAUGCUCGACUUUGCAGCAAAACACAACAUAACAGCUGAUGUUGAGGUCAUUCCGAUGGACUAUGUGAACACCGCCAUGGGGCGUCUUGAAAAAGCUGAUGUUAGAUACCGUUUUGUCAUCGACAUUGGGAACACUUUGAAAGCUCCUUCAUCCUAGGAAUUUUGGUUUCUUCUGAGGAUGAUGUUUCAUGGUCAGAGAAGGGAUAUUCCAUGCGUCUACAUGGUUGUCAUCUAUUGUUAGUGUAAUCACUAAAUCUGCAGUGUCGGAUGUCAUUUUGAUUAUGUUUGUUUUUUAUUUUUAUCGUAUGUACAUCGAUUUUAGUCUUCUUGUAAUGGAGGGCUUGUGUGAUAUGUAGUUUCAUGUCUGUACUUUUUCAUAUGGAGAAUUUGAUAUAUAGUAUGAAUUUGAGUUA